AUUUUUUUUAUCUUUAAUGGGUGUUUUUCUUUUCUUGUUCUGCACAAUGUCUCACCUCCACGAGUCAAACUCUGGGAGCAGUGGGAGAGAAGGUCGCAAACAUGGCAGAGAAAAUAACUCUCCUGGAGACUAAGUUGCUAAAAACUGAGGAAGAAGUCCUUGCGCUGCGGAGCCUGACCGCUAAAGGCAAAAGUGAGGUGGCCUUUUCGGCAGCUCUCAGGGACACUGGCUCUGGGGACAUUGGACCUUUCAGCACUGGUACCGUACUUAAGUAUAAGAAGGUCUUCUCCAACCAUGGCAAUAGCUACAAUCCCGCAACAGGCAUUUUCACAGCACAGGUCAGUGGGACGUACUUCUUUCGAUACUCAAUGUUCAACAACCUUCAAGCUACUCCCAGCUCUGUUACGAGCCUCAUGAAGAACGGGGAGCGGCUGACGUCGGUCUGGGACACCGCAGGGACUGACAGCCACGACAUGGGCAGCAACGCUGUGGUCAUCCCCCUGACGGUUGGAGACAACGUGUAUGUGGAGCUCCAGGCGAACAGGACUGUCUUCGAUGAUUCCAUGAACUACAACACCUUCAGUGGUUUUCUGCUCUUCGAUACAUGAUCUUCUCUCACUUUAUUCAUGUUAACGUGUACCUUGUGAAGUGCCCUCUAUUCAAAUGGUUCACUCAAAAGCCAAACCAAUGAUGUGCUGUGAAGGGAUUUGGCUGAGCAGAGAGUAAAUCAGGAAACUUCAUUGCAAUUUGUUUGAGACAUUGUAUUAAUAAUAAAUAUCAAGCGUUGUCGGAACA